AUGAACACAGCGCACCCCGCCCACCAGCGCACCGCCGCCGUCGUUGGCGCAGGCCCCGUCGGCUGUCUCGCCGCCAUCGCGCUCGCCCAUCGGGGAUGGCAAGUGCAGCUUUAUGAGGGGAGGUCAGACAUGCGCCUCCCGACGUCCAAAGCGGUGUCUCAACAAAGAUCCAUUAAUCUAGCGAUAUCUUCGCGGGGAAUCUUGGCUCUACAGGCAAUUAGUCCAAGCACCGCCCAGCGCCUAUUGCAGGCAGUCAUCCCCAUGAAAGGCCGAAUGAUCCAUCACAUAAACGGGAAACAAGAAAGUCAAUUAUAUGACAAGGAUGGGCAAUGUAUAAACUCCAUUGACCGUGCCUUGCUCAAUGAAGAACUGUUGCAAGAAGCUGCCAACACAAAGAAUAUACGUAUUCUUUUCGACCACAAGGUACAAAACGUGGACUUUGAGAAGAAGAUCAUCGGUGGUCGUAAUGUUCGAACCGGCGAAGAUGCCAGCUCCGCGUUCGACCUGAUCAUCGGCGCUGACGGGAGCUAUUCUGUUGUUCGAAGGCAGAUGAUGAGAGUGGUGAGGAUGAAUUACCAGCAAGAGUAUAUACGUGACGAGUAUAAGGAGCUCAAGAUGCAGCCAGGCCGGGACAAGGAUGGCAACCCUACCUUCCUCAUCGAUCCAAAUCAUCUUCAUAUCUGGCCACGCCAUUCCUUCAUGCUCAUAGCACUUCCAAACCAGGACAAAACAUUUACCUGCACAUUAUUUGCUCCCAGCGCCGAGUUCGACCAUCUACAGACUCCAGAGACAAUUCUAGCCUGGUUCAAAUUAAAUUUCCCUGACGCUCUGUCGUUAAUUGGCGAGGAUACUCUCGUAAAGGAUUUCCAAAGGAAUCCCAGGUGUCCGCUAAUUUGUACCAAGUCAAGACCUUAUCACUACAAAGACUGCGCGAUACUCCUAGGAGAUGCGGCUCACUCCAUGGUUCCAUUUUACGGCCAAGGCCUAAAUUGCGGCCUCGAAGACGUCAGGGUCCUGGACGCUCUGCUCCAUGAGGAGGGCGUAUCCUCCACCGAACCCCCCGCCCACUCGUCGACUAAUGGCUCGGAUGAAAAACUGCACCGCGUGCUUGACCGUUAUUCUGAGAACAGGCACGAGGACCUCAUUGCUAUUUGCGACCUAGCCAUGGACAACUAUGCUGAAAUGCGCCAUUCCGUUGUCACCCCGAUGUACACUCUGAAAAAGACACUAGAUACUUUCUUCUACAAGCUGAGUGCGCGGAAGCCUAUUUCCUUAACGGCUCUAGGCCCGUAUCUGUCGCGCACACCGUUCCCUCCUGGCGAGCCGACCGGGUGGAUCCCCUUGUACACGAUGGUGACCUUCCGACCGGACAUCAGCUAUGCCACGGCUCGGACGAAAGCCGCAUAUCAGUCGCGCAUCUUGACAUACGUUGGAUGGAUAGGUACAACAAUUCUUGCUCUGGGAGGGUCUUACUUGGCGGCAUUUCUGAUGCAAUCAGCACGUAGCUGGUAG